GAGAAAGAACAAAAUGGCCUUGUUACCUCUAUAUGAUGGUUAGUGAAAUUCUUAGCAAUCUGUGUCUUGCUUGUUUGUGGAUUAUUCCUGUGAUUGUGAUGCUUGUUUGUGGGUUCUCUACCCCUAAAAACUGGAACAAAUUUCCACAGAAAAAUAUUUGGUAAUGGAUUCAAGUAGUUUUAAUUUUCACAAUGGAUGUUGGAGGUUAGACGUGAGUUUCAACUCAUCACCAAACCAGUUUCAUUGAAUCUCUUCAAAGAUGAUGAUCAGGGUGAGCAUCUUGUGAUAGCAAAUGUUGGUUCUCGAGUUGUUCUGGCAACAACCUCUGAUGAUGGCAGCUUAGCACCACUUCAACUUACAGUUGAUUUCAAGCCUAAUAUACCUGAAGAAGCUGAAAGAAUAACACAAUCCAAAGGGAGAGUGUUCUGUUUAAGGGAUGAACUAGGAGUCUACAGGGUCUGGAUGCCAAAUGCACAGACAACAAGAUUAGCAAUAUCAAGAGCCUUUGGAGAUUACUGCGUAAAAGACUUUGGACUCAUUUCUGUGCCUGAUGAUGUGAUUUCCAAUCAAGAAGCAGUGAAGCGUGUUUCUUCAACAAAGGAUAGGGAAAAAUCAUCUAAGAGAUUGUUGGAAUUUGCUGCUCAUCCCUGGAAAUAUAAGAGACAAAGAAUUGCAAUGGAUGACAUGUCAGCUAUCUGCCUCUUCUUCCACCCAGAGGCAUUUAAGCACCCCAACCCACCAUCAAGGUCUCUAAAGGAGGCCACCAUGAGUAAAGCACGAUAACAGGGCUGGUUUUCCAUAUACGUACAUACGACUUUCGCUUCAAAUGGUGCUAUUGUAAUUGUUGUGUACACAUAUAUAAACCGAUCGUUUGUGGAUUUAUACAAAAGGAAAAAGUGCAAUAAAAUCUCAUUUUGUUU